AUGCCCGCGUUCAUUCCCUUCCUGGGUAGAAUCUCCUUCACCGACUAUGUCAUUGUGGUUUUAGUGGCCAUGGAGAAGGUACUAACACUGGUGCUCAACUGUAUCCCUCAAAUGUGGAUAGAUGUUGGAACCACCAUUGUUAAUGCGGUGACCCGUAGGACUUUGAGUCCCAUGGAUAGCAUGGCUCAGCAGCUCCGAGACGCUAAGGAUAUACAUGAGAUGGCGCAGGUUUUUGGAGUGGAAAUUGAAGACCACAUUGUGAGGACAGAGGACAACUAUCUACUUACACUGCACCGUCUAGUACCAAACCCAGCGAACAGCAACGGCCAGGUGGUAUAUCUACAUCACGGUCUGCUGAUGUGCUCGGACGUUUGGAUGUGCCAUACCGUGCGGGAAUGUAAUCUGCCCCUAGUUCUGUAUUCGCUGGGUUUCGACGUCUGGAUGGGCAACAAUAGGGGCAAUAAAUACUCGACUCAGCACUUGGACCGUAGUCCGGGGUCUCAUGAAUUUUGGGAUUUUUCCAUUGACGAGUUUGCGUUCUUCGACAUCCCUAACUCUAUCGAGUUCGUGCUGACACACACCCAUUCGCAAGAGCUCAUCUGUGUGGGUUUCUCACAAGGCUCUUCACAAACAUUUGCCGCACUGAGCGUGCGUGAAGAUCUUAAUGACAAGAUCAGCCUUUUUGUCGCAAUUGCUCCGGCCAUGACCCCGCAAGGGCUUCACAACCGCAUUGCAGACACUCUGCUGAAGUCCAGCCCCCGAGUGAUGCACUUGUUCUUUGGAAACCGGAUACUGCUGCCCAGCGCUACCGUUUGGCAGAAAACACUACCUCCUACGGUCUUCAACGUAGUCAUCGACCUUGCCAAUCGAUUUCUUUUCAAUUGGAAGUCCUUGAAUAUCUCCCCACAGCAGAAGCAUGCUUCAUAUGCAAAACUAUACUCAACUACUAGUGUCAAGAGCGUUGUCCACUGGUUCCAGAUUCUAAAGGCCCAGAAGUUUCAGAUGUUCGAGGAGCACGAUAUUGUGAUGAAUUCGUGGAAUCCUACACGGUCAUAUCAAAUCACUUCUUUUCCAACCCGCACUAACAUCCGCAUUCCAGUCCUGCUCUUAUAUGGAGGCACCGAUUCGCUGGUCGAUAUCGAUGUAAUGAAAUCCAAUCUUCCGCAAAGCCAAGUUUUCGACGUCAUGAUUCCAUCCCACGAGCAUUUGGACUUAUUAUGGGGACGCAGCGUCGGUGAUUUUGUUAUUCCCAACGUUUUGCGCUUCAUAUGGUUUUUCAAGGACAUCAAGACCCUCGAAGCUGACACGGCGAUGGGAUCUACCCAAGAACUUGCCAGCCCUUUUGCCAAGACCUACAGUGACAGCGCUUCCACUAAAGAGGCAUAA